UUCAAAAAUACAACACACCGUUGCAAUAGCACCCAACUGGUGGCAACAGACGCCAUGAAGACUAGGAGGCUGCUUAUAUUGCUGUUUAGCAGCUAUGCAAUUCAGAGUACGUUCGCGCGGUGUUACAUUUACCAACCUGAUGACGUCGGCGUUCAAAUCACAGAAGAGAAGCAAGUGCUCUCCGCACCUCAAAACGUUACAAGGGCAACUGAUUUCACACUACCCACAACAGCUCAACCAGGAUCCACUACCCGCGAACAACUGUCGUUAACAUCACCUCCAGACGUAGUACCAGAACCAACCACAACUACAUUACCGACAUCAACGGAAGAUUCGCCGAUUGUGGAGACACAGACUGGCCCAAUCCAAGGUAUGAGGCUCCAGCCUCAAGCUCAAGACAUCUACGCCUUCCUAGGAAUUCCAUUCGCCGAGCCUCCUCUCGGGGAACUGAGGUUCCGAAAACCAGUUCCUGUCAAACCGUGGACCAAAGUUUACCAAGCCACGCAUAAGCCUUUCCCUUGCCUGCAGUCGGAUUUCUAUGUGAAUAAUAACGUCACCGUCAUAUCAACGAAUUCCACGGAAGACUGUCUCUACCUCAACGUGUGGACACCUGCGAAGAGCUGCGUCCUUGGGAAGUCUAACUGUCAACUAAAGUCAGUUAUGGUGUAUAUUUACGGUGGAACGUUCAGCUUCGGUGGGACCGGAUGGGACUGGUACGAUGGAAAGGAGUUCUCAUCUCGGGGAGACGUUAUUAUGGUCAGCAUGAACUACAGAGUCGGCCCCAUGGGGUUCCUGAACAGCGGCAUGUCAGGAACCGUUGGCAAUGCUGGGCUCUAUGACCAACUCCUUGCCAUGAAGUGGGUAAAAAGCAACAUUCGUGCAUUCGGCGGAAAUCCGGAUGACGUUACACUAUUUGGUCAAAGUGCUGGAGCCAUUUCGAUAGGGCUUCAUUUAGUUUCGCCUUUGAGCAAAGGGCUCUUUAAGAGAGUCAUUAUGGAAAGUGGUAGCCCUUACUUCAAGGUGUCUGAUAAUACGAGAGAUGGACCUCACAAAGUUGAGAAACUAGCGCGUGCACUGUCUUGUGCUACCGUCAACAUGACGCUUACCGGACACAUGUCAGAAAUGGUAGAAUGUCUUCGUAAAAAGGAUGGAAAGGAAUUACUCGAUAUGGCCGUCACCAUUUUCGGCGUCCACGCUCACACCUUCUUCCCUAUACACGGAGAUGAGUUCGUUCCCGACAAUCCGUACAAGCUGAUGGAACAAAAGAAGUUCCACAAAGCGGAUAUGCUGAUUGGAACAAACAAGGAUGAAGGUGGCUACUUCUUAUUCUACCUUUUUGGUCGGGUGCUAGCACUCGAACAAGCUGACAGGAUUACAAAGUACGAGAUCGACCUGUACAUUACGUACGGCUUGUCGCUUCUCCUCCGAAAGAACGUUCGGCCAAUCAGAAACUACUACCUGGAACAUGUUCCGGAAAGAGAGAACAUCAAAGCCCUUCAGAAGGCUGCUGAGGCUGUAGGAGACUUCGCAAUUCUGUGCCCAACAAAAUACUUCGCUGAAAAAUUUGCAUCAGCAAAUAACAGGGUCCAUUACUACCACUUCACACAUCGUUCAACGUUCAGCACGUGGCCCGGAUGGGUUGGAUCGACACAUGGGGACGAGGUGCCAUUCGUCCUUGGAGAGCCAUUCAGUCGGCCCACAACUGCUACAGAUGAAGAGAGGGAACUCUCAAAACUAAUGAUCAACACGUGGACAACUUUCGCAAAGACAGGGAAAGUUCCAGACAUUGCCGGAAACCCAUGGCCCGAAUACAACGGAAAGAAUCAAGUGUACAUGGAGCUGAAUCCCAAAAAAUACGGCUACGGAAGAGGCCCUCACGAAAAGAGUUGCAACUUCUGGAAAACCUACCUGAAGCCGUGAUAGUCAAAUACCAUGCUCAGUAUUCAUUACUCAUUCA